AAGCCGUCAGCCCUGUUUUGACAAUCCUCCUAAGCAUCCAGCCUCGCCUGUUCUUUUUUUUUUUCUGCCUGAAAGACUGGCUCCUUUUUUCUUCUUCUUUUCUUUCGCGGUUUUAGGAUUGAAAGAACGAAUCAGCAGAAUAUUGGGGAGGAGCAAUAUCCAGCGAGCUGAUAGGGAGCUUCACAUCGUGGCCGAUGACCGGACGAACAAAUUCCAACCAGAACCAUCGGCUCGCCGCUAUCCAUGCGGUGGGCAAUUCAAACGACCGAUAUUUUCCUAUAUGCACCAGUGUCAGUCCGGGGUAUACCCGCACUAGUCCGGCGCUAUCAAACUCCUUCUCAAACUCUUUGCCGGGCCCCAUGGCGCCCUAUCGCCGGGAGAUGACGAUUCGCGCGGUAUCGCCAGACUUUGGGCCAGAGGAGGGGGAGGAGGAUACGGAUGAUUCGUUGACCGCACAGCAUUCACCUACCACGCCACCACGGACGCCUUCCAGAUCCUCGAAUAAGUCGACUUCUAUGUUCGAUAUGUUGGGGAGGGAUCCGGCGGAACCGUCUACUCCUUCAUCGCCGGGGAAGGCUCGGGCUCUGCUGAAUCGGACGCCACUGUCAGGUUUCCCACAGUUCGUGGACUUGAGCAUUGGCAGGAGUAAGAAUGGGCCUCCGGCCGACGAGAGGAAGAGAACUUCCCCCUCUUUCUGUGAUCGGCCUGGCACCACAGACACUAUGUAUUCUUCAGGUUCAUCCUCGCAUGGCUCUCGGUAUCGUAACUUUGCUUCUAGUUCUUCUCACGAGUCGUCCGACUCGAUACCCGCCUCUGUGGGGUUCCCGUCCACCACUGCCCUGUCCCCGAUCCAUACGAAGCCAUCCGGUAAAUCUGGUCGACAGCGGUUCCUCCGGCCGCAGAGCUCAGCUAACGCACUUAACUCUGGUGUCAAGGCUUCUGAUUCACACUUCGCGUCCCCACCAGCUACCCCUGCCGACACGAACACUAUAUUACGGCUAAUGAGGGAGGUGCGAGGGAGGAUGGAAGGUCAUGUAGAAUUUCGGGUUGGCGAUAAUAUGGUGUGGACUAGGGGGUAUUGUCUUAUUAAUGAGGACACUGGAAGCUUGGUUCACCAGAGGGAUGAGAAUAUCAAUUCGACUCCUCCCAGCGUCAUAGUUCCGGAUUUACGCAGCUGCAAGGUGAGGAGCAUAGCGCUGAUGGAUGAGGCUAGCGAUGGGAUUAUAGAGGUUUUAGAGGUUUCCACGCAUUCUACGAAUAUAACCAUCAAACUCCGUCCGAUGGAUCCCAAUCACUUUAUGCCCUGGCUCGCAGCGCUGCUGUGCUGGCAACCGAUAGCACCCGCGGGGGCCCAAAACAAAAUGGUGAAAUCGCAAGCUUUUGCACUGGCUCAGGAGAGGAAGGCCGAUAGGAGGAGAAAUUCGGACGCAACCUCUUCGAAGGAUGCUUCGAUCAUCAAAGUUGGGAAGAUGCUGAAAUGGAGAAAGGGUGGGCCGACUGCCGUCAUUGCGGCUUCCUCUAUGCCGGGCAAGGGGUCGAGCAGGAUCAAGGGGCCCACUGGAAACGUUGCUUGGCAGAGAGUCUCAUGUACUUUACAGGAGAAUGGCGAGUUUAGGCUGUAUGCUGAGCUGGACACCACUCUUCUGACUGUGAUCCAGCUGAGCCAGCUUUCCCGGUGUGCUGUGCAACAGCUGGAUCCUAGUAUUCUUGACAAGGAAUUCUGUAUAGCAGUGUACCCCCAGUAUACGCCUUCUUCAAAUAUCUCCCUGGCUAGGCCUGUUUAUCUUGGUAUAGAUAGUCGGAUAUUGUUUGAGGUGUGGUUUGUGUUACUCCGGGCAUUUACCAUGCCGGAAUUGUAUGGACCCGCGGGAACUGCUCCUUCGUCGAAUGGUCGUCCGACUCCAGAUGUUGCUACUGGGAUAUCAGAACACCCUACCGCUGAGGGAUUGGUCGACUCGUACCGCAUCCAGCGGAGCCUAUUCCUGCGGGUGGUGGAGGCGAAAAUAUCGAUGCCUGGGACUGAGCACGGAGGGAAGGACAACAUGGAUUGCUAUGCAGAGGUGGUGUUGGAUGGGGAGGUCAGGGCCAAGACCAUGGUUAGGACAAAGACUCACAAUCCUUUCUGGAGGGAGGACUAUGAGUUUCCCGACUUACCCGCCAUAUUGUCAGAUGUGGGCAUAGUGUUGAAACAAAGGCAUCCGAAAUGGAAGACAAGGGGUUCAGGAACUGUCUCCGGGUCAGGGGGCUUUGGUGGAGGGCUUGGUGGGGUCAGUGUGCCAGGCAGUAAGGAUGCCGUCAUUGGUACUGUGGAGAUUCAAUUUGAUGAAUUGAAGAUGGAGACUGAUACCGAACGAUGGUGGCCACUUAUGUCUACCGCUAAGGGCGCCGAAGAGAGGAUUGGGGAGAUGUUUUUGAAGAUUGGAAUGGAGGAGUUAAUUGUGCUUAUGGCCCAUGAGUAUAGGGAGCUUUCAGAGGUAAGUGACGAUUAAUCGUUUCCUAGCACAAUGGCUGAUCCCGACCCAGCUAUUACAUAACUUCUCGAGCGGUGUUACUAUGGAGAUAGCGCAAGUUGUUGGCCCGGAUCUCCGGCGACUGGCGGAUACUCUUCUCAAGAUCUACCAGGUUAGCGGGAAAGCGAGCGAAUGGCUGAUGUCCCUGGCCGAGGGCGAGAUCGAUGGAUUGCACAAGGAAACCCCACCGGUAAAAUUGGGGAAACAUAGAGACUCCAAUGAAUCCAAUUCUGACCUGGAUCAAUCUCGGCGCGAUGUUGGAAGGGCCGGACUUGUUGAUGCCAAUAUCCUGUUCCGCGGGAAUUCCCUCCUCACACGGGCUCUUGAUGCUCAUAUGAAACGGCUUGGUAGGGAGUACCUCGAGGAAACGCUUGGCGAACAUCUCAGGGAGAUAGCGGAUGAUGAUACAUACUGCGAGGUCGAUCCGUUACGCAUGGAGCCCGGCGAGAAUUUGGUGAAGAAUUGGAAGAUUUUAAUGGGUAUUGUCAAGGGUAUUUGGAAGGGGAUAUAUAACAGCCAUGAGAAGUGCCCGAUGGAGUUGCGGAAGAUACUACGACAUAUUAGAGCCUGUGUGGAAGAUCGGUAUGGGGACUUGCUGAAGACGGUAUGUUAUAGCAGUGUCUGUGGGUUUUUGUUCUUGCGGUUCUUCUGUCCGGCGAUCCUGAAUCCGAAAUUGUUUGGGUUGCUGAAAGGUACGCUUAUCUACUUUUCUUCUUCUUUUCUUUUCUUUUUCGUUUCACCUAGAGAAGGUGCUGAAGCUGUGCGCAGAUCAUCCUGGAGUAAGGGCGCAGCGAACAUUAACUCUUGUUGCCAAGAGUCUGCAAGGGCUUGCGAAUAUGUCGACCUUUGGUGUCAAGGAGCCGUGGAUGGAGCAAAUGAAUGAAUUCCUUGGGGUAAGUUUUACCUGAUCUGAUGCCGCCGGUUUCCUACAGACCACCAACAAUAUACAAUAUAUAGGCACAUAGCGCUGAGAUGAAGUCGUUCGUCGACGCCAUCACCACAAUCCCACAAUCCCCGUACCCGACUGAAAGCGUGCCCCCAUCAUACGCAACCCCAAUCACCAUCCUCUCCCGCCUUUCCCAACCAUCAAAGGAGGGCUUCCCCUCCCUCCCAUAUUUGAUCGACCAACCUCGUGCUUUCGCCUCACUCGUAUCAAUGUGGCAGAAAUGGCACCCUGUCUACCGUGACAAAACUGCGGAUUACCACCUCGAAGGCGACCUCGCCCGCUUCCAUAAAAUGUGCUCGGAUAUCCAAGAGCGUAUAAACAUCUGUGUGUCAAAAGCAGAGAGCGCGCAGCGGCCCAGCAGCUCACUCAGCUCGCGCUGGGAAGAGGUCGCGGAAAAGGCUACCGGAAGCCCUUUGUUGGGCCCCGGACAGGCUUCUUUCUCGACUGUGCCUGGGAAAGGGCAUCGGAUGGUUGGCUUGUCCAGCACGCGAGGCCUUGAGGAGGACUAUCACCAUUCUGGUGCCACGAGAAGCAAACUUAGUGGGUUCGUAGGCGGCUUUAGGAAAAAAGUCAAAAGUCGGGGGACAAUUGCCGGGUCGGAAGAUGAAUGACUGCUACUUCUUUUUCUACCACCCCCUCUUUUUUUUUUUGAAAAAUCCUUUUAUUUACCUUGUUUUUUUCUUCUUUUUUCUGGUCAUCGAUCAUUUCCUCUGCCCUUCCUGGUCCUUUUAUUAUUAUCAUGCUAUAGACGGAGGCAUUAGUUUUCGGGGAAAGGCAAAACUCUUUAACUGGCUUUUGCAAAAGUUUUUUUUUUCCUUUGUUUUUCCACUCUGGGUUUCCGGGAUUCAUGUUUCUUAAUUUUCGGGGGGGGGGAUGAUAGCCUUGCUUGCAGGUAAGGUUAGGACGCGUUGGUUCGGAAUUGGAGUGGACAAUACGGGAAUGGGAUGAAUCGGAAUGCGCUGGGGUUGACCUUGGAAUUGGUGGUAAUGGCAUGGAUUGGACGAUUGGGUGGAAUUGGUGCCGUGGAGUAGGGUUCUUUCUUUUGCUUUUUUUUAUCUCAUCCUACUUUAUUAGUAUCUCUUUUUCAUUUUUUAUAACGCUACAAUGUCUGGUUCGGUUUGGGAGGCGUCCUUUUUUUUCAUUACUUUUCAUUGAGUGCUAGUCGGAUGCGGGCAAUUGAUGUUUGAGAAUAGCUUAAUGUGUUCGUUGGUAGCUUAGUUUGUGGGGAAGGGGGAGUAGGUUAGAGAGCAGUGAAACGAGGAAUUUUGG